AUGCGUUUCCUAUCGUCUUUAAUCGGAAUUAAUUCCAAGUUUAAAGGUUCAAUAGGUCAUUUUGGACUCCUAACGGUCGAGAGAGGAAUUGCAGCAACAAACACCAUAAACACUGUUUAUCCCUCCCCCUUCUCUGUGAACGCCCUGGCUGGAAACGCCAUUGGCCAUGAGCUUGAGUCUCCCGACUGUCGCCUCGCACUUCUGCCAGGUGACGAUCUGUACCCUAAGAACUUGGACCAGUUGGAGGAAAGAGGCGUGAUCUUGAGCACAGAGAAGAGUUUUGAGCAGCUGCAGCGGGAGAGCGCCGCUCUGCAUCGCGCUGUGUUCUCCGACCUUUACACCGUCGCCGUCCACAUGAACAUCACGCCCAAGUACAAGCACCUGCGGCCCAUCGGGGCCCCUUCUCAGACCCGCUCCCCCAGGCCCAAGCUCUGAGCAUCAGCUCUGAGCUCCUCACCCUCGACUCCACCUGAGUCCGUUCCUUCACUCGUACUGCUACCACCUCAAUGGCGUGUGCGAGGGGUUAACAAUGCAUUCCUGCCUAACCCAUCCCCCCUGUCAAUCUCUCAUCAGGCGGGCCUAGGGCCGGGUCCUCGACAGUACGUUUACGAAGAAUAUUUUCAGAUUCGUGGAGUGCAUCCAAGGCACUUUACAACUGAUGCCUCUCCUUCGCCCAUUCACAGUCGCACGUCCGACGGCGAUAGGCUGCCAUGCAAGGUACCAAUUGCCUCGUUGGGAGCAAUUAGGGGGUUACGGGUCUUGUCAGACGACCGCUCUCAUCUCCUGAGCUAUGUAUUGUCGAGAUAGAAAACAGGAUGGAACGAAGAUAAAAAAUGAGUCCCUGGACAUGGAGGAUUUCACAUCAGGUCACCCAAACACAUUAGUACAUUCCUAAGCCUUUUUGAUUUUCUACAUGGUUGUUCAAAUUAUAAUGAGAACAGUGUGUUAAUGGGAGGAUGUGGACAGUAAAACCCUCUCAGAAUACAAAUUAGUUUUAGCCUUUAAACCUCAUAUUACGGUGGCACGGAUGGUGCAGUGGGUAGCACUGCCGCCUCACAGCAAGGAGGUCCUGGGUUCGAAUCCCCGUCGACCAGGGCCUCUCUGUGUGGAGUUUGCAUGUUCUCCCCGUGUCUGUGUGGGUUUCCUCCGGGUACUCCGGUUUCCACCCACAGUCCAAAGACAUGAGGCUGAUUGGAGAGUCUAAAUUUCCCAUAAGUAUGAGUGAAUGGUGUGUGUGCCCUGCAAUGGACUGGCGACCUGUCCAGGGUGUAUUCCUGCCUUUCGCAGAAUGUAUGCUGGGAUAGGCUCCAGCCCCCCUGCAACCCUGUUCAGGAUAAGUGGGUUAGGAUAAUGAAUGAAUGAAUGAAUGAAUGAAUGACCUCAGAUUACUUUUACAGUCAAUUUGACCCCAUUCACUGUUUGCCAUUUCCUAAAAUCCGAUUAACUUGAUACUGUGACUUUCCUAAUCUGGUGGCAUUAAAUAAAAAAUAAGCAAUAAACAUAAUGUUGUGUUUUCAAAGGUACGAUUGCUGUAUACAGUGGCAUAAUUUUAACCCCAGGCUCUGUGGCAGUAUAAAAUGGAAGAAAACAUAGCCUACCUUUUUAAAAUGUCUUAUCUCUGGGUUUUUGUGGGUGAUUCUGGGGCUGUACUUUGCAUGUUGAUUACAAAAACGUGUUGCCCACUAAAUUCAGUGUGGCAAACCAAGGUGAUUUAACAACCAAAGAAAACCUCAUCAAUUGUUUUGUUUUUUUGUGAUCACAAGUGUCAUUAUAUGUAGCAGUUUGUAGCUUUGAGAUUGCCAUAGCAGAGAACAGGUUGAUGCAUGCAACAUUUGGUUUUAUAUGUAUUGAUUGUGUUCGCUAUAUCGGGAACACUGUGGGAACAAACAAGCCACCAAAUAAAUACCAUCUGGUUCAAAUAAUCAACACCA